AUGCAGCGGCCUGGUGCCGUGAAGUUGGAAUUCAACAACUUACGACCUGACUGUUGUUUGACAGGACUAUUGUCUGAAUACGAUCAGGACAUUCGCUUCCAAUUACUCCAAGGAAACACAAACUCGGCUAUUGACGAUUCGAGUGAAUCCGAAGUUGAACCCUACCAUCCUUUGACGCCACCCCCCUCGGACUACUCUGACUCGAGACCAAUCUCGCCUUUGCAAAGCUCAAGGCCUGUGAUACCGUCUAUUAGGAUCGUUCUUUCUGAAGGUGAUGGCUCGAAGGAGCGGUCGAGCCGCAAGGGUGGUCUCAAACGCCGAAAUAGAAACGAGCGAACUGUCCAAAAAAGCAGCCUUACACUUUCUCUCAUCUCCAAGGACGCGUCGAAGAAUGCAAUCGCGGUUGCCGCUACACUAAUGUCGCGCAACGCCAAGCUACAGCGCCGCAAGAACCGGUCACGCAAGCCAUUUACACUUACAGUCAACGAACUCGAGGGCCUGUUGGAAGGAGAACACGGUCUCUCGUCGCCGGAUUUCAUGAUUGUUCACUCCCUGGAUGUCUCCAACACUCGGAGAAAGGUUCCUUUAGAACUGUACAACUUCCCUCCAUGGCACAUUCGUCUGACAGAGAUUCAUCAUUCGCGUCUUACCCUCUCUGCGCCCUACCACGCCUCGGAAACAUGUUAUUCUCUCGACGAAACCGUAUUCCGAGAAGCUCUAGAUGAAUUUGCGGGUGCAGAGUUUCGAUUUGGAAAAUAG